AAAACAAAAUAAAAAGAAAAAAAAUAUGAAAAAUUUUAAAAAUUUUAAGCAAAUUAAUUAGUGCUUCAUUAGAUGCCGCGUAGUGUUAAGCAGUAUUUAUCGUUAGAACCCUAAUAAAAGUUUAUUCAAACUCGUAUAAAUCAUGCUGUGAUCGUUAAUGCAAAACAAAUUAAUAACAAAGAAAAUAAAAAGAUAAGUUAAAUUGUGCGCAUAAUUAAAUAAAGCAUAAUCGUUUCGGAAAAUCAGCAAGAAGUUACGGGAAGAGAGACAGAGAGAAAGAGAGAGAGAGUGUUUGGCUGUGUGUGUGAUACGCUUGGCGAUAUUGUGUGCAAUUAAGAUUGAGAAUUCCAAUGCCUUCAUGGUGUGUGCAUAAAAAAGCAACAAAAUUAAGUACAACAGCUUUAUAAACAAUUAAUAAAAAUACUUCUCACCAACAUACCAUACAUACAUAUUAAUAAAAUAUAUAGCUUAAACAAUUAAAAUAAAGUAGUACAUAAAAAACAUAUAUUAUCGAAUUAUUCUAAACAAUCGAAGGAGAAAAAUUAUCGAUUAUUUUUUUUUGCAAAUGUACAACAUUUGUCAUAGAAAUAAGUUGAAGCACUUUGCGCCGUCAUGAGCAUAGAUGUCACCGCUACUCAUGAUGUCGCCGAAACUUCCAACACAGAUGAUCCAGUCUCCAGCUGUGAGAUCACAGAUGUCGAUACGACCAGUUUUGAAAUUGAAGAGAGUGAGGAUGAGGCCACCAUUACGGACAUGCUGGUCGAUGAUGUGGCCACCGCCCCGCCACUGAUCAUAGAAAUGGCCGAUACGCUGUGCAACAAUGUGGGCACGCGUAGCAGUAGAAGCAGCAGCAACAGCAGCAACAAGAGCAGCACCAGUCAUAGCAACAGCAGCACCUACAGUAUUGGCAAUAUACCGUGCGAUGCUAAUGCGAAUGUAUCAAGUGAUCUCAAUAAGAAUGAAUUUAUAGCUGUUGUUACUAUAAAUUCGCUUAAUCCAUUAACAACCAGCCAUGCGGAUGAAACACAAGCAGUUGCCGACCAGCCGCACCAGCAACAGCGAUUAAAGCAACAACAUACUCACAAUACGCCAGCAGUUUUAAUUCGACAAGAUACUGAGGAGACUAAUAGUGGUUCGAAAUCUUCCACUGCAUCGCACACCACUUCAUCAACACCUACAACCGCAGAUGUCGCUAAUGUUACGAUGGAUGGUUGUGCUUAUAAUUUGUCGAAGAAACAACAGUUUAGUAAUGCCACAAAUGCUUUGCCAGCAGCUACACAAGCACAAUUGAAAAUGAUCGUCGCUUCGAUCGCUAAUGCACAACAACAACAACAACAACAACAGCUUUUGAUAGAUGGCACAAAUACAACUUCCAUAUCUGAAGACAAUAUCUCGUUUUCCAUCGCCACAACAACCACAACAACCAUUACUGAUUUAGACGCUGACAAUAUUUGCACCGCCAGUCCAGACGCAGCCAAGUUGGCGUUGACCAAACGUGCACUACAAAAUCAGUUAGCUAAUAAUAAUUAUAGCCAGAAUCGGCCAUCGUCGUCGAAUGUCGUUACCAUUGUUGGUGGUGGUGGUGCCGUUGAUGAUGAGGACGAUGAUCCGACUGGCUUGUCUUAUGUAACCAGUGGUAACGACUUGCCAUUGCCGUCGGUGCGUACGGUGAAGACGGAGUGGCGUUGGGUGAAUUGGGUACGAUGGAUGUGCCUGCACUUUAAGAGUUCCGGUAUCGGCGAGCCCAGUGUGUAUCAUGCCUUGGUUGUAAUAUUUUUAGAAUUCUUUGCUUGGGGUCUCUUAACGAUGCCAGUAAUAUCGACCCUCAAUCAAACAUUUCCCGAUCACACGUUCCUCAUGAACGGUCUGGUCAUGGGCAUUAAAGGCAUAUUGUCCUUUUUGAGCGCACCACUAGUCGGUGCACUCUCCGAUAUAUGGGGACGUAAAUUUUUCCUACUCAUCACAGUAUUUUUUACGUGUGCACCAAUACCGCUAAUGGCCAUCAAUUCAUGGUGGUUUUUCGCAAUGAUCUCGAUAAGUGGUGCACUGGCAGUUACUUUUUCAGUAGUAUUUGCUUAUGUGGCUGAUGUCACUACCGUUGAGGAGAGGUCGCGUGCGUAUGGCUUAGUUUCAGCUACGUUCGCCGCCAGUCUGGUGAUUUCACCCGCACUUGGCGCUUUGCUAAUGGAAACGUAUGGUGAUACAUUAGUGGCAGCGCUUGCGACCGCCAUAGCGGUUCUUGACGUUUUCUUUAUAUUAGUUGCCGUGCCCGAAAGCUUGCCGGAGAAAAUACGUCCUUCAUCAUGGGGUGCGCCAAUUAGCUGGGAGCAGGCUGAUCCCUUUUCUGCCUUACGUAAGGUGGGCUCCGAUCAGACCAUACUUAUGCAAUGUGUUGCUGUGCUUUUGUCAUAUCUGCCCGAGGCGGGACAAUAUUCAUGUAUAUUUGUUUAUUUAAAAUUAAAAAUGGGCUUCAAUUCAAUGGAGGUGGCAGUUUUCAUAGCUGUUGUUGGUACGUUAAGCAUAUCCGUGCAAGUGACUUUGGGUUACCUAAUGCGGGUCUUUGGUGCAAAGAAUACUAUUAUUUUAGGUUUAGUGCUAGAAAUGUUACAGUUAUUGUGGUAUGGCUUGGGCAGCAAGUCUUGGAUGAUGUGGGCAGCUGGCAUAUUGGCUGCACUUGGUUCGAUAACUUAUCCAGCGAUAAGCGCUUUUGUUUCAAUUCAUUCUCAUCCCGAUAGGCAAGGAGCCGUUCAAGGAAUGGUAACUGGCAUGCGUGGUUUAUGCAAUGGAUUGGGACCAGCACUAUUUGGUGUAAUUUUCUAUCUAUUCAAUGUGGAUUUGAAUGAUGACAUAAUGGGAAAACCUGAUGAUUCAGUACAAAAUGAAAAUAAUAAAUACACAGAGCUGAUACCAGGUCCACCCUUCGCAAUUGGCGCGCUUAUGGUAAUAUUGGCAAUCUUGGUUGCCAUCUACAUUCCAGAUAAACAUAAUGAGAUUAUUGUGAAUCGAUCUUCAAGUGAAAAGAAGCGUGCCUCUGUGGAUGUGCAGUACGAAAUUGAAUGUGGCAACAAGUCGACGAGUCCACUAGCACCGCUAAUGCGAUCCGACUCAAUGGCACAAUUGUAGUUUUUAGUAAAUUAAAACCAAAAAAAUAUACACAUACUAUAAAAAAGGACAUAUUUGUUUUCGUAUUUUUUGAUGAAUUUGUGAAAAGCAGUGCGGAAAGGCGAAAGGCAAAAGAAAGAAAUGAUAAAAAAAUAACAAACUUUAA